CUCGCCCGAGCGGGGUGGAUGGACCUUCUGGACCGCAGCAGCAUCGGCAUCUUGUACCACUUUAAUAAUGCAGCAAGCUUCGUCGUCACACGAGAUUAACGGACGGUCCGGAGCGUGAAGAGCAGGCACGUUUGUCUCUGUCUCCCAUGUAAACCCUUCAGCGUGACAGACGGUUUGGCUUGGUGAUGAUGGACAGUUAGUUAGACCUGUCACUACUCCAAUGGAAGCUCCAGUCACGGCUUCCCCACCUCCCAACUCCUCCACUUUUCCUCCCCCGGUCCCCCUGCACCCAGCCGUCGCCCCCUCGGUCGAGCUCGGUUUCACGAUCCUCUACACCGUUCUUUACGGAGGACUGUUCCUGGUGGUGUACACCCAGCUCUGGCUUCUCUACCUCUACAGACACAAAAGGUGGAGCUACCAGAGUGUUUUUCUGUUCCUCUGCUUGCUCUGGGCCGCCCUCCGCACCACCCUGUUCUCCUUUUACUUCCGUAACGCCGUGGAGGCCAACCACCUACCUGUGGCAGUCUACUGGCUGCUAUACUGCUUCCCUGUCUGUCUGCAGUUCUUCACUCUCAGCCUUAUUAACCUGUAUUUCACUCAGGUGCUACUCAAAGUGAGAGAGCUUUAUGGCUCAGAUGUGGACAGAAGACUGCUGCUGGCACGUUGUAUGUAUGGUGCGUUGAGCAUCACGUUCCUCUGCAUCAACGUGGUGUGUGCGGUUCUCGGGGACAGAGGUGCUGGCGGUGGGUCGGUGAAGCGCACCUGGAAUCUUGUCCUGGUUCGGGUUCUAGUCAAUGACUUGCUCUUCAUCCUGGAUGCGGUGGUACUGGCCGCCUUGCUGCUGCUCCUGACCAGACACUCGCGCUCCACCAGCCCCUACCUGGUCAGCAAGGGGACCACCGUGUGCCGUACAGCGGCUCUGGGAGCGGCAGUGAUCUUGUUGUUUGCCAGUCGAGCCUGCUACAACCUGACAGUCCUCGUUCUGUCUCAGAGCCACCGGGUGGAGUCGUUUAACUUUGACUGGUACAACGUCUCGGACCAGGCUGACUUGCGUAGUGAACUGGGCGACAGAGGCUACCUGGCCUUCGGCGCUAUCCUCCUCAUAUGGGAGCUGCUCCCGACCAGUUUACUCAUCCUCAUCUUCAGAGUUCGCCGACCGACUCAAGAGACCAGCAGCAUGGCCAUCAACAACAGGGUCCUACCUCGUCCAUAUUUCUUUGACGACCCACAAGGCAGCGAUGAUGAUGCACCAGUUCCGUGGGCACGCAGUUUACAUCCACACGCGAGCUGGUAUGGAUCAGAGACCGCUCCUCUGCUGUUUGCCAGCAACCCUCAAGACCAGAACCACCAGCACCACUCAUUCUACUCCACCCCCCAGAACUGACCCUGCCUCCUCACCACAAUCAGGGUCGCCAUGCCCUCCACCACACAAAGCACCUCACCCUCUGCCAGCGGCUUUUGCACUGAAGACCUCAGGAAAUCACCAGCAAACAGUGAAUAUAAACUGAAUAUGCACCUUGUAGUUUUUGAACAGAGAAUAUAUUUAAAUCUUUUUUUAGGUCAAAGGGAACAAACUUGGUGUAAAGAGCCCUGACAGACAUGAAUGACCAAACUGUUGCACUCAGCCAUCUCCUCAUGAAGCUGAGAUUUAGUCACAGAUCACAAGCUUGUUUUAAUAAGCCACUGUCCCAUUGAACAAGGUAAAACAAGGUAAACUAGCUCUUAGAAAGACCUAAAAAUUGCACAUUUAGCUUUCGAUAGUAUUCCUUUGUUCCUUCCUACAUGUAAUACAAUUAAGGCAUGUAAGCUUGCAGCAGGUGGUAACUACUGGAAUGACCACUGAUGAUACUGAUUUGCUGUUUUGCAAAGAGGGCAACUCUUCUCUGCACUGUUUCAAGUGAAGGGAUGAAAAAUACAAACUAUAAUCUCUCUUGGCAUUCUAUGUUCUGUUACUUUAGAACCAGAAAAAUAUUUUGACACCUUCAAUCGAUAAUUCUACAUUACGGCAGAUAUUACAUGACUGACCUGUUCCUUUUGGUUUCGUUUUUUAUGUUCUCUUCAGCUCCAGCUUGUCAGUUCUUUUGGUUUGUUCAUCUAAUGUUAAGUUUGUUCAUGAUUUUAAAUGUUCGAAGUUGAUUUUUAUUCUCUUCCUAUGAAUGACUAUUUUGAUGUAAGUUUAAUUGUUUUAUGACUCUGGUUCACCUUUAAUUGUAGCUAUGAAAGAUAACAUCAUUUUCCUUUGUCUUUAGUGGACUGAGGCUUCCUCAUAGCACGUCACUCAACUGUAGCUUUGAAUUUGCAGCAUGACUGAUUUUGACUCUUUAAACAAACCAAUAAAGGCACCAAAAUCA